GGCGACGAUGAGAGCGUGGACGAUGUUCUUGAUAAGGCCAAAAGUGCGGGUGUGGAGGUGGACGAGAAAGACCCAUUCAUCUUCACGUUUUUUGAUCGAGGUUUGGGAGGCAUGGUCAGGGAUUUCGUAUGGGAAUUUCGCUAUGGGGACAGCGAUCUCGGUGAUUUCGAGCCAUCAUACGACUUGUGGCGGCACACAACUAGUACAACAACAAGUAUUACUGAUGUCGAGGACAAGGUGGAGGACCAACUUCAACUACCCUCCUGCUUAGAUUUUUUGGCUUUGGGUGAAGUAACAAGUUCUGUCUAUGAACUAGCGAAUAUAGAUCGAAAAAUCCAGAUCGUGGAUGACUUUAGCCAGCCAAUGUGUGAGAAGGUGGCGAAAGUAAACUACUUUUUGAGGAGCAGCCACAAAACUGAGGACAAAGAGGAGCAAGGUGGGAGGACACAACUACAAGAUCGUCACGAAGAACUAGAAGAUGAUCGAAACGACGAUACACGUGUUGAAGUUGAUGCGGAGGACCAUAACAUUUUCAACAAGCUGAGAAGAUGCUGCAUGGCGAAUCCACAUGGUAUAAUGCCGCCUUUAGCAACCGACCCCUUGCGUAGUCUUCUGCGGAAUCUAGAAAUUGUUCUCGGCGAUGGUGUCAGUGCAGCUUCUUCUCGACUCCUUCCGUCGCAAUCGCCUGGAUGGUUGAGCCAACCUCCAAGCAGGGGAGCAUCAGCCCUCUUUUUUGCUUCGGUGAGCUUACUGUCAUCUACUUCCGAUAACAACGAAUAUCGAAAAGAACAAGGAGUUGUCGCUUCAUCUAUUUUCGAUGAUGCACGCAAGCAGAUAGCACAAGCUGUAACGGCGCAGUUUUCCCGAGAACGUGGCGGUCUUCUCGUCACCGGUCAACGUGGUUGUCUAAAGGAAGAGGUACUGCGAAGUGUUUUACUUGGCGGCUCUUCCACAGCACUUGGUGCUUCAUCUUCUCCCUCUACUUCGUCUUCACCACGGGAGUCUCCACGACCUCUCUGCCUCUGGGUUGAUUCCACGAUGCUAGCCAACACACACGAAACUGCCGAUAAUGUACGAGACACGCUGCGCACUAUCUGCCUUCUGGCCGUGCAUUUUAGCCCCUGUGU